AUGUCGGAUACGCAGCCACUUUUAAGAUCAACAAACUUAUCACCAAGCGAAAGAAGAUCUCAAGUAUCAAUCUUUAGUAAGGUAAAGAGAGACACAUUUGUCGUUCUUAAAUCAUCUCCUGUCAAUUACCUAUUAUUAUUUGUACCAUUAGGUAUAUUUUGGGGUUAUAAUGAAAUCUCAUUCACUUGGACUUUCAUCUUAAAUUUCUUAGCUAUUAUCCCAUUAGCUUCAAUCUUAGCCUUUGCUACUGAAGAAUUAUCUUCAAAAGUUGGUAAUACUAUUGGUGGUCUUUUAAAUGCUACCUUUGGUAAUGCUGUCGAAUUAAUUGUUUCAUUGAUUGCUUUACGUUCUGGUCAAGUUAGAAUUGUUCAAGCAUCCAUGUUAGGUAGUUUAUUUUCUAAUUUAUUAUUGGUUUUAGGUUUCUGUUUCUUAUUUGGAGGUUACAACCGUGUCCAACAACAAUUUAAUCAAACUGCUGCUCAAACAAUGUCAUCUCUAUUAGCUAUUGCAUGUGCAUCAUUAUUGAUCCCAGCUGCCUUUAAAGCUACUUUACCACAAGGUCAUGAUGAUGAAUUAAUUGAUUCCAAGAUUUUAUCAUUAUCAAGAGGUACAUCUAUCAUAUUAUUACUUAUUUAUAUAUUUUUCUUGAUUUUCCAAUUAAAGACUCAUCAAGAAAUCUUCGAACAACAACAAGAGGAAAUUGAAGAAACAUUUGAAGAAUUAAAUGACGGCCCACCAGAAUCCUUGACAGUUAAAUCAUCUUUAAUUUUCCUUUUACUUUCAACUGUCUUGGUUUCUAUUUGCGCAGACUACUUGGUCAGCUCAAUUGAUAUGGUUGUUGAAUCUACAGGGUUGUCCAAGACCUUCAUUGGUUUGAUUAUUAUUCCAAUUGUUGGUAAUGCAGCUGAACAUGUUACAUCCGUUAUUGUUGCUAUGAAAGAUAAAAUGGACUUAGCUAUUGGUGUUGCUGUUGGUUCAUCUCUACAAAUUGCUUUAUUCGUUACUCCAUUUAUGGUCUUGUACGGUUGGUAUAUUGAUGUUCCAAUGACUUUGAACUUUUCUACUUUUGAAACUACUUCAUUGUUUGUUUCAGUCUUUUUAUCUAAUUAUUUGAUUCUAGAUGGUGAAUCGAAUUGGUUAGAAGGUGUCUUAGCAUUGGCCAUGUAUUUCUUGAUUGCUCUUUCCUUCUACUAUUACCCAGAUGUUUUAACCUAG